UUCUCAUCACUUCAUUCAUUGAUCAUAAACACUUUUUCAACUCGUACUUUCUCUUAUCGAUAGAAAACACUCGAUCGAUAGAGAAGAUGAUGAGGUGUACUUCUCCUUCAGCUGCCUUAGCUCUAGGGCUCGUUUUUGUGGCUUUUGUUAGUCAAUGUUACGGGAACUUACAUGUUGGUUACUAUAACGGGAAAUGUUGGAAUUACAACGCUGAAGAGAUUGUCUUCAAUGUAGUUAAGGCUCAAUUUGCGAAGGAUCCAACUAUUGUAGCUGGUCUCAUUCGAUUACAGUUUCAUGAUUGCAUUGUUAGGGGAUGUGAUGCAUCAGUCCUACUUAACGGACCAAAAUCAGAGAAAACAGCAAAGCCAAAUCUUAGCCUUAGAGGAUUUUAUGUUGUGGACGCUGCAAAGGCUGCCUUAGAGAAAGCUUGUCCAGGAGUGGUCUCUUGUGCUGAUGUGCUUAAUAUGGCCGCUAGAAGUGCUGUCUUUCUGGCCGGAGGAAAAUGGUAUUUCGUAGAAACAGGAAGACGAGAUGGUUUUGUUUCACGUCAAAGUGACGCCAUUGCAUAUCUUCCAUCAGAGAACAUGCAAGUACGUGACGCCCUCCAUCUAUUUGCUACAAGAGGACUAAGCAAGGAAGACUUUGUUGUUCUUCUAGGUGGACAUUCUGUUGGAACUACACACUGUGACAAGUUCAACCACCGUCUAUACAAUUACCACAACACCGGUAAGCCCGAUGCAAGAAUGAAUACCGAUAUGUUGUAUGCCUUAAAGAAGACAUGUCCAAGGAAUGGAAAACAAAACAAACAUGUUUACUUUAGCUACAACCCUAAAAGUCAUUAUCGCAUGGACAACUCUUACUACAAACAACUAUUGGUAAACCAAGGAAUUCUUGAGAUUGACGCAAACAUAGCAAGUUCUCCACUUACCAAUAGCAUUGUGAAAAAGCUGGCUUAUGCUCCUGGUUACUUUGAGAGUAGAUUUGGUCCGGCCAUGGUUAACAUGGGCCGAAUCGGCGUUCUUACCGGAAAGCAAGGAGAAGUUAGAAGAUAUUGUGGUGCUGUUAACCACCACAAACAUUGAAGACGACAUUGAGAAUUGCUAUCGUUCAUUUUGGAACGGAUUUUAUCAAUUCUUAUAUGUUCGUUAAUCUUUAACUUAAUGUACUUUUUGUUGUCUUAUGUUUAUUUUUAUUUUUAUUUCUUUAAUUGAGGGUCUCCCCAAAAUAAGCAAUGCAAGCCGGGGCGGUGCUUCAUAUCUUCGAAAUAAUUUGUGUAUUAGCUUGAGAAUUUAAUCUAUUAAAUAUAUUUUGAUUUACUUUAU